GAGCCAAUGUCAUUCUGAACGGAAGAGCCAUUGACAUGCCAGGUAAAGACGUGUGAUGAUUUAUUCCGGCGGCGGCGGGUUAACAACAGGAGCAAAGCGACAUAGAUAACAUGUACCUCAAUGUUUUGAAGUACAUCCUCACCUUUCUGACCCUGUUUGGCUUCGUCGUCCUGCUGCGGAACGUCACUAUUUGGGAGAACUGGACGCACCACAUAGUAUCAGCACUGUAUGGUGUCCAGAAGCGGAUCCAGUCAUCAAAUCUCACGAGAUGCCUCCCAACGUUUCAUCACAAUCACACCUUCUGUCCACAUCUGGGCCAGGCGCCGUCACUAGUCGAAAAGCUGGAGGAAUGCAACCUGUUGAACUCCAUCGCCUGGCCCCAUCCGCCCUCUGGCUCUGCAUCACUGAAAGUGUCCAAGACGAGUGACCCAGCACACAGCCUGUUUACAAUCGUCCCCUCCCAAAAAGACCCGCAUUGGUAUGUGGGCGACCAGCUGGAAGUACUCGUCCACUUGCACAAUUUCAAGGGUCUACCCAAGCGCUACGGCGGCGAUUUUCUGUUGGCUCGGUUGCAUUCCCCAAAAUAUGGGGCGGGGGUUGCCGGCCAGGUGCUGGACCAUAAGAACGGACUUUAUUCCGUUCGAUUCCCGCUGCUGUGGGAGGGGUCGGCUCAAGUCGAGGUCAUGAUGGUGCACUCGAGCGAGGCCAUCACUGUGCUGCGGCGACUGAGGGAAAAACGGCCAGAUCGGGUGUUCUUCGUCAGCAUCUUUCAAAGAGGCAAUCAUUCUGAGAAGAAAGUGUGCAACAUGUGCUUGCCACAAGACCAGGGGCCACGGUGCAACUACACGGACCUCAACUCCGGUGAACCAUGGUACUGCUACAAGCCCCGAAAGCUCAGCUGCGCCACAAGAAUCAACCACGCCAAGGGAGGCUACCGCAAAAACAUCACUACCAAAAAGGAAAAUUUGCUCCUUCAGAGUGGCGUAAACGUCAAAGUUCCCAUCCAAGCAUCCGCAGCGGACACCAUCACCGUGCUGCCCUCCAGGAAAGAAAGCGGCAGUCAAAAACGGGAUCCCGUGAUGUUGGCGACAUCCGGUUACUAUUACCAGGACUUGUGGAGGCCAUUGGGUGGCGUCACCAUGCGCCAGUUUGACGACGCGUCUGCCAUCACUCAAUGUUUAACCAACAAGUUGUUCUACAUGUACGGUGAUUCCACCGUGCGCCAGUGGUACGAGUACCUGGUCUCUGUGCUUCCAGAGAUGAAGGAAUUCAACCAGGAGAGUGCAGAAAAGGUGGGGCCCUUCAUGGCGGUGGACAGCACCCACAACAUUCUGCUAAGGUACCGCUGCCACGGCCCACCCAUCCGCUUCUCCACCGUCAUGACCAGCGAGUUGCGCUACAUCGCCAACGAGCUGGACGGCCUCUCCGGCGGUCCCAACACGGUGGUGGCGCUCAGCAUCUGGUCUCACUUCAGCACCUUCCCCGUGGAGGUGUACAUACGUCGCCUUCGGCAUAUCCGCAAGGCGGUGCUGCGACUCCUGGACAGGGCGCCGGGGACGGUGGUGGUGGUCCGCACGGCCAACCCUCAGGCGCUGGAAGGGCAAGCUAGCCUGUACAACAGCGACUGGUUUUCUUUGCAACUGGACGUCGUGCUGCGUGCCAUGUUCAAAGGUCUCGACGUUUUGCUGGUGGAUGCCUGGCAGAUGUGCGUGGCGCACCAUGAACCGCACAACAUUCACCCUCCGAGGGCUAUUGUCAAAAACAUGGUAGACAUGAUUUUGUCAUACGUUUGCCGCAACGGCACCAGGAAGACCGUAUGAUUUCUGUAAAUCAAAACGAAGUUGGGAAUGCGAACGAGUAGAUGUAUGAGUAUGUCUUUUUAAAAGUAUGACUAUUUUCUCAAUUGUCUGACAAACGUAUCUUAAUGAGGAGAAUGCAUUGUGAAAACAAUUCAAGGUUUGAGAAGUCCGUCACUACAUGACCUUGAAUUAAAUAUUUAUGCACUGACGAUUUUACCUUCUAAAAGUUCUAAGUGUAUUCUAAAAUUCAUGUUUAAAAUUAUAUCCUAACAUCAACUUUUUCCAUCCACUUUCUGAUCAUUGAACAAAUACAAAUUCAUUGUCAAUAAACGCCAGCAUGAAUUGGGAUUUCAUGGCUACAAAUGAGCGUUCGGUACAUCUGCAUUAUUUGGCCAGACUUUCUCUGCCUUUCCGUCACAGCGGAUCCCUACAAAAUUAAUAAAUCAAUGUUGUGAUGAAUCUACAAAACGCACCAGGUGUGACUUUGAAAAGUUCAAUUUAAAGUUUAAUGUUCGCUUUUAAAAACUUCAAGCACAAAACACCAUCAACACGCUUUAAAAUGUCACAUCGACACGCUCAGUCUACAUCUUGACAUAAACGACACACGUUUGACAGGGAGUGCUGUUAGCCCAGUGUGUCGCCGCCGCUCAAGGGCAAAGAAGAGGAACAAAAACAUGUUUUAUGAAAUCAGCAAUCGGGUAAAAGGAGUGAUGUAAAAUUACCAUUUGGGCAGCUUCAGUCAGGAGUCGGAGUGCUGUGUUACUAUACGGUGUGCAAAGAAAUCCUGACGUAAAUUAUAAGGAAAGAAAGUAAAUAGUACCGUAUUGGCCCGAAUAUAAGACUGUGUUUUUUUUACAUUGAAAUAAGAUUGAAAAAGUGGGGACCGUCUUAUAUUUGGGGUCGAGACAUUAUACCCAUUCUCGACGCUAGAUGGCGCCAGAUAUCGAAGCGAAUGCUGAACUUGACUCCCCAGGCCAAAGCGAACCAUCUCACGAAGAAUAAAAAUAAAAAUACUGGUAGCACAAAGAAGAAAAAU